UGCAGCCUGCCUCUACAGCAGCAAGCGAGCAGAGAGAGGACCUAUUCAGAGCAUAUUCAAUGAUAAGGCUUCUUAUCUGUCCUCGUUAUGUGCCCUUACCCGCUGUAGUGUCUUUAAAGAGGAGAAGGCGGAGGGGAUGCUGAAGUAGCGCGGGAUGCAGUGGAGUGAAAACAUCGUGGGAGGAAGGCUCAGAGUGAACCAGCCGGGGGUGAAACGCGAAUGGCUUCUUCAGAGCUGCUCCCUGCAGAUGAGGGAGGCAAACAGCCCGAACACACUGACGUCCUUGACCGGGUUUCAGUCGCGCUUGCAGGCAAGUCGGGUGGAUCAACAGGAGGUGCGCCCCCGGGGGAGGGUUACUGUAACCCUGCCCGCAGCUACCAUGAGCAUUCAGCACCAAGGACGGCUCCGCGCAAAGGAGGCGCGGAGGUUAAACUCGGUCACUUCGGAGGAGAGAAAGUCCGGGUUUGCUGCGACGAGGAAUUAGAGACAUCCUUUACCUAUAUUGAUGAGAAUGUAAACUUGAGACUGGCAAGCCCGGAAACUAGUUGUAAAAGUACUCACAGACCAGUGCGCAAUGGCGAGCCUUGCUCUGAGACUUUCCCGGAAAUGUCCUUUAUGUCCGAGGAUGACCUCUCCUUCGGGGAGGGCUCAGGGACUUCUAUAGACUACGGCUUUAUCAGUGCAGUCACGUUCUUAGUCACCGGGAUCUCCUUGGUGAUCAUCUCCUACGCCGUGCCUCGGGAUGUGGUGGUGGAUCGUGACAGCGUGUCAGCGAGGGAGAUGGAGAGGCUGGAGAUGGAGAGCGCACGGAUAGGUGCCCACCUGGAUCGGUGCGUCAUAGCGGGACUGUGUCUGCUCACGCUGGGCGGCGUGGUGCUCUCCACUCUGCUUAUGAUCUCCAUGUGGAAGGGGGAGAUGUACAGGAGAAAAGUGGUCGCUUACACUAAGCGUUCAGCCAAACAGUACGGCUCUAUCAGCCUGAAAACUAGAUCCAGCCCUAGCCACUCCUCUGCGCACUUGUCCCUGGAGGAGGAAAUAGAGGAAACUUUGGCCUGAAAUGCUGCUUUGCAUAUGAACCUAUUUUGUAUUGCCAAGGAAUUAAUGCCAUUCACACACAUUCACUAACAUGUUGUAGCCCAAUACAGGAUUCUAACAUUCAAA